CGGUUGAAUCGGUCAUUUCUUUGGAAGCAAGGGAGGGAGAAGUUUGUUCCACAAAAACUUAACGAAAAGUCUUUUCCGAUUGCAAUCGUUUGUCCUAAAUGAGUGAGUCCUCUGGUGUUGGAGAAGACGCUUCGGAUGGCAGUAUAUGUUCUCACCCGAAACCUUGGCUGCGAAUUGUGUCCAUAGUCGUGUUCGACGAAGGAAGCUAAAUCAGCAAAGAAAUCGGCAGCUUGGCCAUCGAAAUAUUCCGCCUAAUAACUUGAACAUUACGGUCCAAGGCCGUAGAAAGCAGAAAUAGACUUAAUAUUAUCUUUGGAUAUAGCUUUUACUUAUGAAGAACGAAAAGUUGAAGUCAUACACAAGCAAAGUCAAGAUGGCCGCCAGCGCCGCAUCGGCGACUUCUUUCGCUACCCCUGGGUCGGUUUUCGCUAUGGUGGACAACAUUCUUUGCGCAGUUGCCAACGCCAGGCACAACAAAACAUAUAUUGUGAAAUUCGUGCCGAUGGUGAAGCAGAUUACAAAGGUUUUGAACGGUGCAGAUGCUAGUUUUAUUCGCCACGCAGAAUUCUACAGCGAUCUGAGAGAAACUUUGAAGAAGAUCGAGCAACACGUAAAAGAGUGUUCACUACGCGGGAAAUGGGCUAAAAAGCUAAUGGCUAAGAAAGAUCAGAAGAUGCUAGAGGAAAUGGGACGACACAUCGAUCACCUAAUAACAAGAAUCGUGUUUUCAUUUGCCCAAAGAGUAGAGCUUAUGAAUAUCGCUCGACAAAAGGCUGCCCAGAAGAAACUGAAUUUCUCAGUGAUCGAGGAAGAAGAUGAUGUUGACACAAACCCAAGCGAAAGCGAAACAUCGAGUACUUAUGGCGAAACGGCAUCGCUCGCUAGUGUUGAGGACUCCAGCAUCGGACUUGAGCGUUAAAAUGUUUUACACCAUUGCCGUUUCCAGUUGAGGUCGGACAUUUUGUCACCCCCUGCAUUUAAAAUGAGCGUCGUGGUUUGAAAUAUGCAUCAAUACAUUUGCGGCUGUUUGUCAUAAAUGUAAAGUACAAAGUCUUUUAGAAAAUAAAUGAAUUAAUGUAGAACUAGUACUGUUAAAACGAACUACUGUUAUAAGUACUAAUCAAUUUCAACACUAGCAAUAAUAAAAAAGGGACUGAACCUUUUUAGUAUAAGGCACUUCCAAAAAUAAAAAAAUACGAAAAUAGUUCAUACUUCUAAGUUCGAGUACCGAACUUCUAACCUAACUUCACAUAAUCAAGCCCAGUAAGUACAUGCUGUAAAUAGUUUUUUUUUCGCUGAGCAUCAUGAUAUUUAGUAGGACUUGAUAUGUUAUACAUAGAAUCUAAAAAGUCAAACCAAUAUUUUGCUUGUGUAUAGGUAGAAAGACUUAUAUUUUACAUAUAUUUUCGGUGACUUAUUGUAUAUAUAAGAAAGGCGGAUUAAAUAUGGAUGGUA